UUUUUAUCAAUAUAUUACGGGGCUCAAUACUUCUUGUAACACAAAAAACAACAAAAUUAUGAUAAAAGUUGCUCAAACGAACACUAUCCGGUAACACUGUUUAGCCACCAGACGGCGCUACUAGUUCGACGUCACUCGUGUAUCUAUAAUUUCCUUCUGUUUUGAAACCCAAGCUUAGUGAUUUAGUUCCUUGAGAAAUAAUUUGUUGGCGAAUCUAAAGUUGUUCAAAGUGUUAAUUGGUAUAUUUAUGAACAUGGAAAAGAGGAUCAUCUUGGAACGCAGAGGGAGGGAUCCUUCACAGGUGAAAGAACUGAAUCUGGAUAACUGCAGGAGUACGAACAUAGUUGGUUUAACAGAUGAAUAUACAAAUUUACAAAUACUGAGUCUUAACAAUGUGGGUCUCACAACACUCAAAGGUUUUCCGACCCUGCCUAUGCUCAGAAAAUUGGAACUGUCAGACAAUAGAAUAUCAAAUGGACUGACUUUUCUCAGUGGCUGCAAAAAGCUUGCACAUUUGAAUCUUUCAGGAAACAAAAUUAAGGAUUUAGAAACCCUGAAGCCUCUUGAAGCUUUCAAGAAUCUGAAGAAUCUUGACUUAUUCAAUAAUGAUGUUACUAGCAUUGAAGACUACAAAAGUAAGGUGUUUGCUAUGCAUCCAUCACUAAAAUACUUAGACGGUUUUGAUAAGUAUGACCAAGAAGCUGAUGACAGUGACAUAGAAGAAGAAGAUGAAAUGAAUGGAAACAAUGAUAGUGAUGAGGAUGAUUUGGACAUAGAUAUUGGUUCAUUGGUGAUUGAUGACAGUAUAACAGAAAAGCCAGAGCAUGAAAGAACCACUUUACCAAUGAUAUUGUACACGGUUUAUGGUCUACUCUUCCACAUGAGUUACCUUUUGAAGAGAUCUGAUGAAGAAGAGGAAGAGGAAGAUGAGGAUGAUGAGGAUGUUUCACUCUGUGCAGUUUAUAAUGCGGAGGAAGAGAGUUCAUCUAGUUCAAUAUUUGAAGGCAGCGAUGUUGAAGAAGAAGAAGAAGUGGAUGAGGAAGAUGAUGAAGGAGAAAACAAUGCUGAUGGUGAACAAGAACAAAAUUCGAAAGGGCAAGAUGGAGAUGCAGAUGGUGAGCCUGAAGAAAGUACUCGGGGUAAGAAACGGAAACAUGAAGAUGAUGAUGAAAACUGAAAGUUGCCUUAAGUGGAGUUAUCGUACUAGUUUGUAAGUGUACAGCGAUCCGAUGCAUCGGACAAUAAAUUUGAUCACAGUCUCGGUACAUUGCAAUCAUCCAAGUAGGCUAGUUGUCAUUCAUGAGAGUGAUACGUCACCAUUUGAGGCUCGACUCACUUUGCUUUCAUUCUAGUGCAAACUCUGUUUAUUCAAUAUAAAAUGAAAUAUUUUCUAUCAUUGAUUAGUGUUAAUGUUCAUUGUGUGAAAUAUCUGUAGUUUGUUGUCUGAAGUUGAUGUUUUGAUUAAAUUGUUUAUGUAAUCUUUUUUUAAUAUUCUAUUGACAUGCUUAAUUUUAGCCUAAUCAUUGAAACUGAAGUGCAUGAUAUAAAUAUGUAUAAUCUAGCUCUCAUAUGAUCUAAAUUUCUGUUUUAUAUAAGUUAGAUUUAAGCUGAGAGAAAAUUAAAUUAUGAAAGUAUUUAAGCCCUUUCAAACCAUUAAAACACAAUAAAUUAUAAGUUAUGGGCUUCACCUACAUUAUCGACCAAAUUAGACUGAAGAAAUUGAUAAAAAUGGAAUGGGAAUUACUGGCAUUGUGUCAAUUUGGAUAUAGAUAAUAAGUACGUUAAAAAAAUUGCAUACAAUACCAUUUGUUGCAAAAAUCAUCUUUUUAACCAUGUUUGGUCUUUUGUCUCACUUUUAAAAAUCAUCUUUCACCAGAUUACUGGCCUGCAAUAAAUAAAUACCUUAUAUAACAAAUAUUUACUAUCAUCCAAGAGUAAAAUCCAUUGAUUACAAUAACAUCUUCAGUAGGUAUAUAUAUACAAGGAGGUACCAUAAAACUUAAAAAAAGACUAUGAAAACCUAAAAGUUGAUGUUAACAAAAUUAACUGGAAUUUCGAAAGGGCGUUAUGUGAAUAUCAUAAAACAAUUAAAUUAGAUAAAACCUUUGAGUUCAGAGAGUAUUUUUCUACAAUAUUUUUAAAUCUAAAAUGAGCAAUGCACUUAUAUCAAUGAAGUGUUUGGUUGAUGCAUCAUGGUGUAUGUGCCAGAUAUGUUGAAGAGAAUUUUAGUUAAUAAUUUUAUUAUAUUAUGUAAGUCAUUAAGUUUAAGUAAUUUACAACUUGGUCUGUUGAUAUAUAUUAUAUAAUCCUAUUAAGACUUUAUUUCUGGGAUUGUAAAAUAAAAAUUAAUAAUAGUA